AUGCCCAAAAGUCUCGAGAAAACUGUCACUCGUCAAACACAAGGAGGAUCCUCCUCAGGUUCAUCCACACCAACAUCACCCUCUUCGGGUGUCUCGAGAACCAACCACCAUGAAAAGCACUAUCCCUUUGCAUGUGUCUCUUGUCGUAAGCACCAUAAAAAGUGCGACAAACUUCUUCCCAUUUGUUCCCGAUGUAAAUUAAAAGGAUGGAAAUGUCAAUAUGAAAUGAUUGAACGAAAAAAGGAUCAUCCUGCUACGAAAAAGAAGAAGGAAAUCAAUAACGUUCCUAAUAACAAUCAUCCUAUCAAUAACAACAAUACGAACAACCUGCAUGAAAUGACGAAUCAUCAUCUCAAGAAUGGAAUGCCUUCGACUAAUCUUCCAUUGAAUUCAAAUUUGAUUAACAUUUCUGAACAAACAAUGUUGCAUUCAUUCUCGGAGGAUCCAAUGAUAACUCCGAGGUCAAAUUCGGAACCAGUUCAUUCAUUGACCUUUCAAGAGGAAAAUUCUCUCCAUGAUUCCAAUUCUCUCAUCUUCUCUCAUGCUACCAAUCGAAAAACUCUCGAAGUCUAUAUCAAUGUCAUUUGGAUGGGAAUUUUUCCAAUCAAAGAUCCAUGGAUUGUGUUUGAAAAAUUAUUACAAAUGAAACCUCAUGAGCUCGCCAUUCGAAAAGACAUUCUCGUGUACUUGUUAUCGAUUCAAUGUGUGUGUGAACAAGCAUUUGCAUUUCCAGAAUUGGCUGAGAGAAGUGUGAAAAAAUUGAAAAGUGUCAUGAUGCACAUUUAUGAUGAUUUUCAAAAUCCAUUUGUGAAUUUAGCCAAUGAGAACUUGGCACUCUAUCAUGCCUGUGAAGGUAAUCGUGCAGCAUCGAGAGGAUAUUUGGCAUUGGCUGAAAAUUUUGCAUGUUCUCAUUCCUCGAAACAUGUUUCGAAACAAUUGGCUGUGACAACUCCAACCACGACACCAGGAGUCUUUUUAUCAACCUCAACGACAUUGGUGGAUUUUCCAAAACAUGGCAUUCAAAUUUACAUGUCUCCACUCAAAAUGAGAUUGAUUUCAAUUGAGUUAAUGUGUUGUGACUCCUUUCCAAUUCCAGACAUUCCUACCAUGGCAAAAUUAUAUCCUUUAAUUACUGAAAUGAGUGUUUUUGAGAAUGAAGGAAUUCAAUUUUUACAACAUUUAAACAAUCGAAUUGAUGAGAGAUUUAAAGGACUGCACUUGUUGGGAAUGUUAGUGUCGACCAAUGUGAAACCCAUCUUGACUGAUUUUUGCUCCAAAUUAUUUGAUUUACAACGAGCUGUAUUUGCCACUGCUGUUCAAAUGCUAUGUCAAAUGAUUGAUGUGGGAUUGAAUGAAACAUCGAUCAUUUCUGAAAAAUUGGAAGCUUAUCAAUCCAUUGAAUAUUAUGCAGUGAAAAUGAGCAAAAUAUUAGAAAAUCCUCAAUCGAUUUUUUUAAAUCCUUACAUGUCAUCGUUUAUUAUCAUUGCUGCAAAGGUGAAUUUGGAAAUUUGUAAAAUGAUUGAACGAGGAGAGAGACAAAAUUUACAACCCAUUCCUCAACCCACUCUCAGAAAUUUGGAACAUUUUUCUCAAGAUGCAAGCAUGACGAAUGAAAUGGAAAUUCCAUCUGGAGUCUUGAUUGAUUAUUAUGCUCUCUUGACACAAGAUUUUAACAAAUUGAAAGAUUUAUCCAAACGUUGUCGAUAUUUGAAUCCUUAUUUGGUGGAAUUUGAACAAUUUUUAAACAAUCAUCGUUCUAUUACGACUUGUCCACAACAUGUACAUUCGACAAUGUCACAACAACAACAACAACAACAACACUCGACAAUGUCACAACAUCAACAUUCCAAGAUUGACCCGCCUCAAGGAUAUCAAGAAUCACAAUUUUUAAAAAUUCAAAGAAUGGAGCGAUUUUUUACAGAAAUGAAGAGCUUUUUAUUGAGAAUUAAUGAACGACUCGAUGAUACCAUGAAGGAACAUCAUUUUGGUCAUGCAGGAGGGACAUUGGUGAAUGCACAACUGGUCACUGGACAAGAACAGCAAGAACAACAAGAGCAACAACAAACAUCUUCACACAAUGAGGAAAUUGAUUUAGUACAAGCACAUCGAGCAUUUGAGGAUUUUUGUUAUUAUUUUGGAUUGAAGUAA